AUGUGGACGGCACUGGUUCUAUUUUGGAUUCCCGUCCUAAUUAGUGGAUCUACUGUCGAUUUCAUCUCUAGAGCAGCGGAAGAAUAUACGCUUUCUGCGAUAAUAAUCCAAAAUGAUUAUUGUCCACAUACCUUGGUGAAGGAAAUCUAUCAGAAUCUAACUAUACCAGUGGUAGUCCUUUCAGGUGGCGAAACUUUUAUUAAAAUCCAAGAGAUUUCUCGACCGCUACACCUUUUUUGCCUGCCUGGGCUGGAACUGCAGCAGGAUCAAGAGUUACUCCAAAAACAAAUCAAUUUUUUGAAAGAUUUUCCCAAUCAAAAGACGCUAUUCUAUGUAUCCAAUAGAUACUUCAAUCGAACCAGAAUGGACUCACUUCUAGAAACCUGCUGUUAUCGCCGAAUCCCAAACAUAGUUGGACUCUCGGCUGCAGAUGAGCAUCUUCACUUUUACAGAUAUCACCUAUAUCCUAGCUUUCAAACAGAGCAACUCCCUCUUCAAUCAUCAACUAUCUUCGCCCAGGAAUUCCCCAACAUGCAAGGUCAUCCUCUGAUUGUCAUGCCCGACCAAUGGCUUCCCCGUUCCAUUCUCUAUGUGGACAGAAGGACGGGUAAGCAAGUCCUAGCCGGAUCCGUGGGUCGCUUCAUCCAAGUGCUGGCCUGGAAGCUCAACGCUACUCUGCAGCUUGCUGAAACGGUGACCCCUGGACGCUUUCUCCAUGCGAGUGACCUCCAGGAGCUGGGCAAAAGCAUGUCCAUCGACGUUCCUGCCAGUAUUUCGAUGGUAGAGCGCGCGGAGCAAUUGUCCCGCACCAGUUAUCCCUUGGAGUUGACCCACAUUUGCCUGAUGAUCCCGGUGGCCCAGGAAAUUCCCCUUAGGGACAUAUACUUUCUCUUGAGCAGCGUUUCCAAUAUGCUCCUGGCUGUGGGUAUAGUUUUUACCUAUGGCUUUGUUUUGAGCCUCCUGCGGAAGUUUACCAAUCGAGAUGUUCAUCUAGCGGACUUCCUGCUGAACGACAAAGCUUUACGUGGCAUACUGGGCCAGUCCUUUCGGUUGCCUUGGCCGAGGAGCAGUUCCAGCAGGUGGAUAUAUCUAAUGCUGGGAAUAGUCGGUCUCAACGUGAGCAGCAUCUUUGAGGCAGCCUUGGAGACGAUGAUGGCGCAUCCACCGCGGGAAUUUCAAGCUCGAAGUUUCACUGAUGUUGGUAGGAUGCAAAUACCGUUGGUGACCACCGAAGAGGACCUGCACACACUGGUGGAUCUUCACCUGGCCUUGUUGGUGGUCAAUGUGAGUGAGUACCAUCACCUGAGAAAUGGGCGGAACUCCAGCAAUGCCUACUUCGCCUCUCGAUUGCAUUGGACACUGUUUAGUGAGCAGCAGAAGCGCUUCUCUAGGGAGAUAUUUAUUUACUCCAUGGACGCCUGCCUGUGGUCCUUGGCUCUGCUUUCGUUCCAAUGGCCACAGAGUUCCUUGUUCGCAGACCCCGUGAGCAAACUCAUCCUGGACGUCAGGGCCAAUGGGCUGUAUCAGUUUUGGGUGGGAAUGCAUCACUAUGACAUGGUGGAAGCGGGUUUGGCCAGCUUGGAGGAUCCCAGUUUGCGAAUUGAUGAAAUAAAGCAGACUAACGCUUUGCGGCUAGUGGAUCUCCAAUGGGUGUGGUUAGCUUACGGAACGCUGUUGGGAAUUUCGCUGCUAGUAUUCCUGCUGGAAGUUUUCUGGAGUUAUCUAAUCAUUUACACAUUUAUUGGAUAA